GUGUAACAUAACGAAAAACGAAAACGAUUAACGACAUUUUGAUCAUCAUUAUAAACGCCGCCAUAUUGUAGAAUUACUAUUGAUCUGAUUAGAAAGUUUAUUUCUAUUUUUUUGGUGCGGUCUAUUUUGUAUUGCUGCAUAAUAUAAAUCUACAAUUCCUUAUUAAUUUAUCGAUCAGCAAAAUGGCUGAAGAUCUUGACGUCGAAGCUAUGUUGGAAGCUCCCUACAAGAAAGAUGAUGAAUACACAUCGUCAAAGUCAAAGGAAAGUCGAGAAAUCAGCAAGAAGCGGUCAGAGAAGAAGCGCAGGAGUACCAGCAGAGGACGGAGAAGUACCAGCAGAGGACGAAGAAGUACCAGUAGAAGUAACAGGAGUACCAGCCGAGGACGUAGAAGUACGAGUCGAAGUCGCCGAAGUACUAGCCGUAGUCGUAGAAGUACCAGUAGGCCUAAAAGAAGUAGGUCUAAAGAGAGACGGCGAUCGAAAGAGCGCAGGAGAACGCGUUCGGUCGAGAAAAGAAGACGUUCCAGAGAUAGAAAGCGUAAAUCCGCGUCCAAGGAUAGAAAAAGUCGAUCGAGGGACCGGCGUAGUAAAUCUAAAGACAGAAGAAGUAGAUCUAGGGAUAAACGUAGCAGAUCUAGAGAUAGAAAGAAGCGCGAACGGCGCGAAAGAAGUCGCAGUAAAGAAAGGAAACCAAGCCCAAAACGACGUACACCUUCACCUACACCAUUCGGUAAUAAAUAUACUAAUUGUAUAUUGUAAACCACCAUUCCUGAAAAGACCUCGUUCUCCCCUAGGCAUACGGGGAACAUCACCUUUAGAAGAACUAAGUGCUGAAGAAAGAGAUGCCAGGACAGUAUUCAUUAUGCAGUUAUCUCAGAGGAUACGUGCCAGAGACCUAGAGGAUUUCUUCAGUUCAGUAGGGAAAGUACGGGAUGUUAGAAUGAUCGUUUGCAAUAAAACGAGAAGAUUUAAAGGAAUUGCUUAUAUAGAAUUUAAGGAUCCGGAAAGUGUGGCAUUAGCUUUAGGCUUGUCCGGCCAAAAACUUCUUGGUAUUCCGAUAAUAGUUCAACACACCCAAGCAGAAAAGAACAGAAUGGGCAAUUCGAUGCCCAAUAUGUUACCCAAAGGAAUGACCGGUCCAAUGAGACUAUAUGUAGGAUCUUUACAUUUUAACAUCACCGAAGAGAUGCUAAGAGGCAUUUUGAACCGUUUGGCAAAAUCGACAGUAUUCAGUUGGUACAGGAUCCUGAAACUGGAAGAUCCAAAGGAUAUGGGUUCAUUACGCUGCGAUGACGCCAAAAAGGCUCUGGAACAACUGAACGGAUUCGAAUUGGCCGGCAGACCGAUGAAAGUGGGCAACGUGACUGAACGUCUAGAUCUACAACAACAAGGCCCCUCCAUAUUGGAUUCGGACGAAUUGGAUAGAUCUGGUAUCGAUCUGGGAGCGACCGGUCGAUUGCAAUUGAUGUUUAAGCUGGCAGAGGGCGCAGGAAUGCAAGUACCUCAAGCUGCGGCGAAUGCGUUGAGCAUGGCAACCGGUCAACCGGUGAUACCGCAAGUACAGACCAACUCGACACCUCCAAUAGCCACUCAGUGCUUUAUGUUAAGUAAUAUGUUCGAUCCAUCAACAGAAUCUAACCCAUCAUGGGACGUUGAAGUCAGGGAUGACGUAAUCGAAGAAUGUAACAAACACGGCGGUGUUCUUCACGUCUACGUCGACAAAGGCUCACCUCAAGGCAACGUUUACGUCAAAUGUCCAUCGAUAGCCACUGCCGUAGCUUCCGUCAACACUCUGCACGGUCGAUGGUUUGCCGGUCGCGUGAUCACGGCCGCCUAUGUUCCUCUGUUAAAUUACCAUUCGCUAUUCCCGGAUGCCAUGACCACGACUACUUUAUUGUUACCGUCUAGUAGAAAAUAAUGUGAUUAUAUCAAUUUGUUUACGUGGAGGAUAAUUUGUUAGUAGGUACGUGAGACAUUCUCGAGCAAUAUUGCUUUAUUAUCACUUGAUACCUAGUCUUUUUGAGUGUUUUUCCAUUUUCACUCCAUAAUUAAAUACAGUAUGAAGUUAUUAUUUAUUUUAAGAAAAUAAAAAUCUGUACCGAUUCCAUACGUCUGAUUAACAGGUUAAAUAAAUUUUUCUGUCUGGCAUUGGCUGUUAUAAUCCAAGAUUUCAAGAAUAAAGAUACAAUUUGGCAACACAGCUGAAGUAGUUACGUACAUUGGAGGGAUAUUCACUCAUUUUUGAUGAUUAAGAUCAACUUUCAAACACUGUUGAGUUCAGUUACCAGUGUAUAUUGCACUGUCAGUAAAAAAAGUUUUGUAGAUUUCAGGUGAAUUUUUAGAGCACAUAGGAGGUAAAAAUCCAUGGAAUAAAGUUUAAACAAUGUUGCCACUUCACGUAUAAUUCCCUGGUUUUCAAGAAAUAGACAAUCACGUGCCAAACAGAGAAAUUUACAUACUGUCCAUUCGAGGUCGCGAAAUAUACUCGAAAAUAAAUGAGUUACAAUUGAUUUUUUCUUGAUUUCGUCAGUAAACUUGUAAAAAUGUUACUAGUAAGCUUCUGGCUUUAUUUUUAUUAAGUCAAAUAUCACAAAAAAACACUGAGUUAGUUUAAGUUCCGACGAGUUCAGUUAUAGUUCCGACAUAUUUGGUUUAAGAAUGAUAUUUAUGUAUUAAUUAAUGGUUUUUGUAAAUAAAAUGUUUUAUAUUUAUAAUUUCGGUAAUUAUUUCAGUUAAUAUUGAUUUAUAUGUAAUAUAAACCUUUAU